AUGCCUACCACAACGGCACAGCACUACCACAUCUUCGGCCAGGGAAUAUCCCAGAGCCUCUCACCCACAAUCCACAAUGCCGCCUUCGCGCACUACGGCCUCCCACACCGAUACGACAUCAAAGAAUGUAACAGUCUUCAAGACGUCAAGCCCUUAAUCGAAGACCCAGCCUUCGGCGGCUCUAGUGUGACAAUGCCCCAUAAGCUGAGCGCCGGGGAGUUCUGUGCCCAGGUCGCUGAUUCUGCAACUCGGCUUGGAGCAAUUAAUACCCUCAUUGCUCGGUUCAUUGACACUGAAGACGGAACAUCGAAACGUCAAAUUCAUGGCGAUAACACAGAUUGGUCAGGUCUUUAUUCCCUGAUCAAGGAGCAUGCCACUGGGGAGGGCAAGCAAGUUGGACUGGUCAUUGGGGCUGGAGGCGCAGCGAGGGCCGGUGUUUAUGCGAUGGCUCAAGCUGGAAUUGAGCGGAUUUAUGUUGGUAAUCGGACGCUGGCUAAGGCGGAGCAAAUUGCGCGGGAUUUCGAGGAUCUAUGCCCAGUUAUACCGGUCGAGUUUCCAUCAGUGCUGCCCGAGGCUCCGGAUGUGAUUAUUGGGACUGUUCCCGGGGACGCUAUGUCGCAGGAUGCAUUCAAGGGCUUGUUUGGAAAUGAGAAGGGUCUCUGCAUUGAGAUGGCGUAUAAGCAAGAGUGA